ACGUGUGUGUGUUGACGAUGGGUCCAUUUUGCGGCAUACAUCAUGGAGGACGCGGAAUCUCCCGCCACGAAAAAGCCGAAACUCUCGGAGCACAGCGAGGGCAAGAGCGACGUUCUGGAGGACGAAAGUGUGAAGAAUGACAGCGACUGGGAGGAGUCGUGCAGCACCACCAGCACCCCGACAGUGGAUGACAACAUCUCCCGCUCUGACACGCCCACCAACGUCUUCAGGAAGGGCAGGGGCAAGAACAGGAAGGCCAAGAAAGCCAAGCUGGCCUACAAGUGUACUAACUAUGUCAAGGAGGACCAUGGGCAGCCCCUGUUCGGUGUUCAGAUCUGUCCCUUCUACUACAAGGAGAGUCAGGCCAUCAUAUUCGCUACAGUGGGCAGCAACAGGGUGACCAUCUACGAGUGCCAUAAGGAGGGGAAGAUCAAACUGCUGCAGUCCUACUGUGAUGCCAACAUGGAGGAGAAUUUCUACACGUGUGCGUGGACGUACGACGAGGUGACACGGCAGCCGAUGAUCGCCGUGGCUGGGCUCAGGGGUGUGAUCCGGAUCAUCAGCCCUGUCAGCAUGCAGUGCAUCAAGCACUACACUGGGCAUGGCCACUCUGUAAAUGAGCUGAAGUUUCAUCCGUCAAAACCAAGCCUCAUGCUGUCUGUUAGCAAAGACCAUUCCCUGAGGUUAUGGAACAUCCAGACAGACACCCUUGUUGCCAUAUUCGGAGGUGUGGAAGGCCACAGAGACGAGGUCCUCAGUGCUGAUUUUAAUGCAGAAGGAACACGGAUUGUGUCUUGUGGAAUGGACCAUUCCUUGAAGAUCUGGAACCUGAACAAAGAAGAAAUCCACAAAGCCAUCCAGAACUCUUACAUGUACAACGCCUCAAAAAACGACAGGCCAUUCAAGACCAUAAAAAUCCACUACCCAGAGUUCUCCACUCGAGACAUCCACCGGAACUAUGUGGACUGUGUCAGAUGGCUCGGCGACCUGGUUCUGUCCAAGUCGUGUGAGAACUGCAUCGUGUGCUGGAAGCCGGGCACCAUCUUUAACCGCCUGGAGGACAUCACCCCCUCCAUCACUAAUGUAACGGUCCUGCACAAGUUCCAGUACCACCAGUGUGACAUCUGGUACAUGCGCUUCAGCAUAGACUACUGGCAGAAGGUGCUUGCCCUGGGUAACCAGGUGGGAAGGCUGUUUGUGUGGGAUCUGGGAGUGGAGGAUCCAGUCAAGGCCAGGUUGAGCACGUUGACCCACCCGAAGUGCACGUCAGCGAUCCGGCAGACCAGCAUGACCCGGGACGGCAACCUGCUCAUCAGUGUGUGUGACGACGGGACACUGUGGAGAUGGGACAGGACAAAAUAAAAACACCACAGUUUUUCCCCAUCAAAGUGUAUAAACUACAAUCAUUAUGAUGCUUCAGUUGGGUGGGCUAGUUUCAUACAGUUUGUACUUACUAAUCAUAUAGCAGAUCAACCAAUGAGACAGUGACUGCUUGUUGAUCAAACCUUUGUAUUGUAUAUGUAAGCAAAAGGAAAAUGCCAGUUUUUCCCUACUUAGGCAACAAGGUUGCUUGAUUUGGGUGAGCUGGUUUUAUACUUCAACAGACUGAUCAUGAUCACUGUUGAAUGGCCUAGUGGCUAGGCUGGUGAAUAUGAUAUCAAGAGGUCACAGGUUUGAUCCCUGGCUAGACAUUGUGCAGUGGAGAAAGGCACUUUACAUGACUUUCCUCACUCCACCCACGUGUAAAAUGGGUGCCUGACUUUGGUUUGGGGGG